AUGGAUACGCAGAUACGCAAGCACAACUGGCGCAAGCUAGCUGAUUCGCAUGCGUGCCGCACAAAAGCAAAGAAGCAUCAGCAUUCGCCCAAGUUGUGCGAUAAAUCGGCUACGUUGAGAUCAAAAAUAUUGACCGGAAUGCAUUCUCCUAUGUCUGUGCGACUGCUCUCCUUGAUCAAUGUAUUUGACGUGUUGAACGUCUCCCGAGGAGAAACUCUCAAGCUCGAUGUGAAGUACCAAGAUAUUCCCAAAGGGCACUUUGGAUUGUAUCAUACUCUGGUCGACGAGAAUGGCAAGGAGCUACAUGCUCUUGUUGACACUGGAACGAGUUUCUCUUUCUUCAUCUGGAAGGAUUGGUACGAGUGGGCCAGUGGACACCCCUGCAGUAUUUGUCCCAUGGGGUGUUACGCAUGCUCGGAGCCUUGCCUUGUGGGUAAAGUGACGAGAACUCUCACUUUCGAGGACAAAUACAUGGUGAAAAUUUUUCAGCACAAAUCGAAACUAACCAUGGGUCAGGUGUCGGAGAUCCUCACUUUCGGGCUGAUAUUCGAUCAGAAACCUCCCGUCAGUAAAGCUCCUCCGACUAACUUGAUGGGUCUUGGCUAUGAUGGAGGUGAUGUGAACUUCCCGUCUCUGAUGACGCAGUUGCGAUCAUCAAAAACUGUAACGAGCGGGAUCAUUGCUCUCUACUUGUAUCCUCCUGCUGAUCCUAACAAGGCAUCCGCUGAUGGAGGCCUACUCCUGGGUGGAGGCGAUCCUGCAUUAUAUGAGGGUGCCUUGAGGUAUGUCGACUUCUCUACGGACAAACAUUAUAUGGUCAAUAUUGACAAGCUACAAGUCGGUGAUGGACAUAUAACUCUUGGAAUCAACAUGAACCUAGAUCUCGACACCGGCGCCAACUUUCUAUACGUCCCAACAUUAUACUUUAAAAGUCUCAUCAAGGAGAUUGGAGCUCAAGCUGAUAACGCUGCGGGUAAGCAUGUCCCCUUCUACCCAGUGAACGAGCACCGGUAUUUCCCUUGCCAGUACAUGAGCAAGUUGCCACCGUUGAGGUUUUAUUUGGGUCCUCAGGGCACAACUCCAUUCACGAUGACAUACACGAACUAUGCCUUGAACCAACAUGGUAUCUGUGAACUCCUCAUCUUUCAAAAUUUGAAGAAUGAUUGGAGUUUCCCCGAUCGUAUGCUGAUUGGUAAUUAUUUUGAGUUCGACCCUACUCUUAAACGAGUCGGAAUCGGCAAGUUGAAACCACGAUCUCUAUAAACAAUUACGUUAUUUCGUGGUCUUCAGAAUCCACGGUCUACCGCAGCAUGGCCUUCAUCAUCGUUGGUUAGUCUACGACCGCUCCCGUGAGAAGAGUUUCGACUGGAUUCACAAUUUUAAUAGCAUGAUUCCACAUAUGAUAUUCAGAAGAAUGCUACUCGGCGAAACAUUCGUUUCAUCGAGAGAUUUUUUAUUAGGCAAGCGAGCGCGCUGUCCGCGGAUUACGAUUAAUCUUACAC